UACGGUACCCCGGGCUUUCCCGCCAGAUCAGUGUGUUUACAGUCAGUCUUAUGCUCAUACGGCUGGCACAAAACACAGAUUAACUUCGUUAAAGUUGAUGAGUGUAUAUUCCCGGCUUGUGUGAGAUACAUUAAGCUAUCAAAAUGGCAUCUCAAGUUCAAAGACGUCUGGACAUGAACUUUCCUGUCCGCAAAAACACAAGACUACGCUCCAAGUCAGCUGCCUUACAAAAUGAAAACGAACAGGAUUCUGACCUUGUCCUGUCCCCAAGAAAAAGAUCUGGCAGAGCUGUGCCAGAUGAGAAAGUACCAAUGUCCUGCUCACCUACGAAGAAAAAGAAAGAGUUGGUUCGAGUGACCAGAUCCCGCAGACGUGAAACUCCUGUCAAGUCGUCUCUCAUCUCUAAGUUUGGCAAAGACACUGAGAAGGAGCAGCACAUUGAUGAUGUUUGUGUAUCAGUAAAACCAAUACUGUGUUCGCCAACAAAGAGACAAGAAUUAAGUUCUCCAACCAGAGACCAAUCUAUCCCUAGUGUUAAACCAAUAUUCCAGUCACCCAGCAAAAGGGACAAAUGUGUGAAGACUUCUCUUUUCUCGCCUCUGAAAUCAACAGACUUUGACAAAUUGUGUCUCGCCUCACCCAAAUUCUACAGAAAACCAGACAGUGAAAAUGUGGAGCCUGUUCUCCAUUCACCCACAAAGCAUGUCCGUUUUGCCAAGUCGCCAUUUUCUUCUCCAGUUAAGGAAAUCAAUGGUAGACUUCCCCUCUCCCCGUCAAAACUUUUUAGUCAAAACAAUGCCUCACCAGUCAAAGUUAAAAAGUCACCAAUCAGGCCGACAGACUCUCCCAGCAAGAGGCAGUUGUUUGCCCCUAGUGAUUCUUUACUUUCUUCACCCUCGAAAAUGCUUCGCAGGGAAGGAUUUUCAUCCCCUGUAAAGGCUAGAAGGUUUGGUCUUCUGGAAUCACCUUCCAAGUUUCGGUCAUGCAAGGAGAACUCCCCCAUCAAACAGCUCAGAUCUCCAGUGAAGCAACAGAGGACACCAGUGAAAAAGUCAUCGGCCAUGUUGAAGUUACAGAAAGUUGACAGCCCAGCCUACCAUAUAGCCAAACAGUCGCUGCACACAGCCAAGCCUGACAGACUUGACUGCCGGGACCGAGAGGUUGGGGCCAUUACAGAGUUCCUGCAGCGCCACCUGCAGGCCAUGUCUGCAGGCAGCCUCUACAUCUCAGGCGCCCCCGGCACCGGCAAGACUGCCUCACUCUUACACAUCAUUGAUGACUUGAAGAAUCAGCAUGCCUGCAAGAUUGCCUACCUCAACUGCAUGAUGCUGAAAGACUCGACUGCUGUGUUCCGGAAGCUUCACGAAGAGUUGACCGGACGCAAGUUGCCGGGGAACAGGGAUACCAUGAAGUACAUGGAGAAAUGUGUCACCUCCGCCAAACAAAGCAUAAUCAUGGUUUUAGAUGAAAUCGAUCAACUUGACAGCAAACACCAGGAAGUCCUCUACACAAUAUUUGAGUGGCCGUCUCUUACCCAGUCCAAACUUAUUCUAGUCGGUAUUGCCAACGCCCUUGAUCUGACAGAUCGAAUCCUGCCACGCCUUCAAGCCAGACCCAAAUGUCGUCCCCAGUUGCUCAACUUUGCUCCUUACAGUAAAGAACAGAUUGCCAGUAUUAUUAAGGGCAGAUUGCGGAAGAUGGAGGAGGAUGGUCUGGCAGUGAUUGAGCCGAGCGCCAUUCAGUUCUGUGCACGGAAAGUGUCUGCAGUGGCUGGCGACAUGAGGAAGGCCCUGGACGUGUGUCGGAGGGCAGUGGAGAUGGUGGAGCAUGAGAUUCGGAGUCAGCCAUUGCUUGCAGCAGGUAGCAAGAGUCCCCGGAAGUCUCAGCCCCCUGUUCCAAAGAAGAUAACGGUGAUGCACAUCUCGCGUAUAAUGUCUGACGUGUACGGGUCAAGUGUGAAGUCUGCGGGCCAGGAGGAGACUGUUCCUCUGCAGCAGAAGCUGGUGGUGUGCACCCUGCUGGUGAUGCUGAGGGAGGGGAAGUUCAAGGAGGUGGCGAUGGGGAAGCUGCAUGAGACAUACUGCAGGGUGUGCACCAAACGUCAUGUGGCCAAAGUUGACCAAUCAGAGUUCUUCAGUCUGUGCUUGCUGCUGGAAUCAAGGGGAAUUCUGGGAGUGAAGAAAGCCAAGGAAUCCAGACUUGCCAAGGUGACGUUAAAGCUGGAUGAGAAGGAGCUCGAGCACACCCUGCAAGACCGUGUCCUUAUGUCCUCCAUCCUGCAGGAAGGGAUCCCCAAAUAAGGGCUUUCUUUGUCCGGCAACCAUGUUGAUCUCACCAUAUGCAUUACCAAAUAUUAGGCGCUGUGCCUAAUUCCAAUUGUAUAGUUGGCAGUUCUUGUUAAAUGGUACCUGUUACAUGUAUGAGUGUGAAAGUGCUGAGCGAUGUAAUAGUUGUUGAUGUAAUGUUCACAAUGUUUUAGUUAAAUGGAGGAAAUAUUGUUUGAACUUUGAAUUUUGAAAGGGGAAAAUUGAAUUUAGCCCAAUUUGUUUUUGUCCCAUUUGGCAUAAAGUCGAUGGAUUUGGUCAAAUGACAAUACAGUAAACUAUGUUUAUAACGAACUGGCUGAUAUAACAAACUGUUUUUUGUCCUGGCCAUUUGCUGUGUAUAUGCUUAUAACGAACAACAGUUAUAACAAACUAAAAUUAGGGGUCCCUUUGAGAUUGUUAUAACCAUAGUUUACUGUAGUUAAGGGGGGAAAGAUAGAUUUUUACAGUAACAUAUUCGACUAUGUAUUAACUCACUAGCUUGGUCUGAGAAGGUUUACUAUACACUUUCUAUAUUGAUAAGGGGGCGGUUGGCUAGCCUAGUGGUUAAAGUGUUUUCUCAUCACGCCAAAGAUCUGGGUUUGAUUCCCGCCAUGGGUACAAUGUGUGAAGCCCAUUUCUAGUGUCUCGUGCCAUGAUAUUGCUGGAAUAUUGCUAAAAGUGGGGUCAAACCAUACUCACUCACUCAUAGUGUCACACUAUAUUGAUUGGUGUUUUCAGUAGCCAGUAAAUGAAAUUAAUUUCAUUACACUUUAAAAACAUCAUGUUUUGAUUUAUACUCUUUUUUUAUUCAUUUCUCAUGGCUUUUGGCUCUUUGGAUUUAAAUCUGAACCCCAAAAUUUAUAAAAUAUGAAAUAUGAAAUCUACCAGUUUGACGUAAUGGACAAAUUGGUGGCCUGCAAUCUCAUGAAAUCAGAUCUUUUACUCUCUGCGUGACGAUUUGACGACACCACUAUUCUAAAUGAUUCUUGAGCCAAUCAUUUUAACAGACUAGUCGGGUAGCCUAGUGGUUUAUUAAAGCCUUUGGUCGUCAGACUGAAGACCCUGGUUCAAUACUCGAUGUGGAUACAAUGUGUGAAGUUUGGAAAAGGUCAUUGAAGUUUGUGUUUGAGAUACAGAAAUCAGAAAUGCUGGUCUGAAUGCUUCCCUCACUCUAGCCGAGAAUUUAUUAACAUAGACGCUGAUUGCCAGAGUAGAAAGUUGCCUUGACAAACCUUCUAUGGAUGUGUACUUAACUCUUCUCGCUGAGAGGUAUCGUAUUUGAGUCAAGAUCUUACUUUGAUGAGAAAUUUGUGGCAUGUCCCAUGAUUAUUUUAGGAAUGCUAUCCUGAUUUUGUGUGGUAUUGUGGUGUACAUUUGUGCUGAUCCAGGGAUAAGAAAGGAAGCAUGUUUGUAUAUGAUGUAUGUCUAUGGAUGAUAUUCUAAUGUCAUAGGUAAUAAUGAGUUCUUGAUGUGGAUGAACAGAUGUAGAUUAUUAGUGCUCUGGUUUCUUCAGUUUCCAAAUACUCUGAUACUGCAUACACGUUUUAGUCAUAGCCAAUUUCACUAAAAUGUCUGUGGAGACCAUUGUGAGAUAGCCAGGUUUUUGCAUAAUAUUUGUUUUUCAAAUGAAAAGAUUUUGUGGUUUACUUGUUGAAGGAUUUCUUGUUAAAUAUUUCUCUAUCAGAAUAUGAAAAGGAAAAUACAUAUCUGAUCAUGCAACAUCAUUUCCUCGGCUCUUACCCCCCAAACUGAUAAUGAAAUAUUUCUACAAGAAUAGAUUUAAAAAAAAGAACAGCCUUACACGUUGGUCUUGUUAACACUUCCCUACCUGAAAAACCCUUACUAACCAUUAGGCCUGACUUUUUUAAAAGAUUGUUUACAGAUUCCACUGACCAUGAAAUAAUAAAACUGAAACUGCACACAUGGCAACAUAUUCAGAUAUUUUUUUUAUAGAACCAACCAGAUAGUGAAAUGUAUUUUGUGUGUGUUAUUUUUCCUUCCCAACUUUCCAGAUUAUUGAAACAAAAAUCCAUAGACCCAGAAGUAGAACAAUCUAGCCUUAGGGAGGCCUUAUACACAAUCAACCCUGUUUAUUGGUAUCAGUUUACAUAAUAGUAUUGAAAUAACUGGCCCUUUGCUAUUUUUGCUUGCCUUGGGCCUAAGGGUUGCUGUUUUGCUUGUCUAAGUCAUACCUCUAACAUGGGUCAGAUUGUUUUGUGGGCAAAUGCAUCUUUUUUCCCCUGGGUGUUGAAAGUAUGCAUCAUAGAAAGUGUAAAUCAUUUCCAAUUGUUUCAAGAUGUUUUAUUAGACCGGUGUUCAGAUACGAAUUGAGCUUUGAUAUCAGCCUGUGUAAUGUCUAGUGAUGGAGUGAGUGACCGAUGAAUGGACUAUUUUACUCAGACUAGGAGUACUUCAGCUGAGAUGAUUGUGAUAUAUGUGAAGUCGUGAUGGAUCAACUGCAUGAUCCUAACCUUCACCACCUAAUUUAAUUUUUAUCACAUAUUUAAGAAUUUUUAACCCCCUGAGUUUUAAGAUAAAUGUUCACAUAACAAAUUUCUAUUUAAUUUUGUAUCCCUACAUUGUUAUCACAUUCUGUAUGCUCUGUAAAAUACUGAGUUAUGUAUAUGUUUAGUAAUAGUCAUGUUUUAUUGAUGUGGGGAACAGAUAUGUUGUAAGGUUUGGCAAGUUUCCUAUAUUUUGAAGUAGCAUGUUAUUUGUCUACCUGAGGUUGAAGCCAUGUUACUUGGUUUACAGAUCAAAAGAAAGUGAAAUAAAAAUAUCAUUUCCUAAAAAUAAUAUGUUAGAUAUAAAUGUUAAUAUGUAUAAAGUGACAGGAGUGCUGGUUCAAGUGUUAAUUUUAUCUUUAUCCCAAAUCUUUGGAUAGUUUUUGAAUUUUUUCAUUUGUGAAAUUGGGUUGGGAAAAGGAAGAACUCUUACAAUUAUGGGAAUGCAAACCUACAAAACAUGUAUAGAACAUCUUGCUUUUCUCACUUGACUCAUUUUGAUAGUCAUCUUUAAUCAGUUGCUUUGAGAGAAGUGGAGUGAAAAAAAAGGAAAAAGGAAAAAAAAAAAGCUUCUGGUAGGUGAUUUUCAAACAGAAAUUAAUCUUCAGGGAACUAAUGGAUUUUAUGUCCAGUUGGUUCUUAAACAUUAAGUAUGUGACCAUAUAAUGCAUUAUUUCAGUUGUAAUAUCCUUGCCUGGCAAAAAUAAAUAAAGAUUAUGAUUAUUUUUUGCAUGAUUUUUCUGAAUAUUGAAACUAGUGCUAUAUCUGGAACACAAAGGUAUCUCUGGGCAUGAACUUUGAGGUUAUGAAAUACAUGUAUUAAGAUCAAGUCAAGUUUUAUGUUGAUGCAGUGGCAGUAUUUUGUUUGCUAAUGUCAUCAAGUGAAAUGAGAUAUUCCUUGUCAUGUACAAUGUGAGGUACAUUUACAUAUUAGCAAAACGACAAAUUGUACAAACUGUUUAUUUUGAUUUAUGAAUAAAGUUGAACCUUA